AUGCUAAUCUCUUUUGGAACAUCCAUCGCGUACUUUGCGUCGAUCGCAGAACUCAUCAUUGCCGCAACGCGUACCUCAGCUAUGCCAGCGGACGGGUCCAUGGAAGGGAGUGGGUCAGGCAUGUCCUAUUUCGAUUCAGUGGUCUUCUUGACUCUUUUUCUCCUUAUCGGCAGAUAUAUCGAAGCAUAUAUGAAGGCACAAGCUGGCGAUGCCGUAGCGGCCCUGACGAAGCUAAAGUCGACGGAAGCUCUGCUAGUCUCAACAGACAGCACAAGUGGACAAUCUUCAACAUCCCCGGUCUACGUCGAUUUGAUCGAAGCAGGUGAUAUCGUCAGGGUCGUCAAUGGCAGUUCUCCUCCUUGUGAUGGAGUCGUUCUGGAAGGAAAGUCAAAGUUCGACGAAUCCAGUCUGACUGGAGAGUCCAUGCUCGUCACCAAAGAAGUGGGGGAGCCUGUGUACUGCGGUACUAUCAACAAGGUCGCUCCAGUAACCAUUCGAAUUACUGGCGUUGCCGGGAAGUCGAUGCUGGAUGCAAUUAUAGAAGUUGUUCGUGAAGGACAAACCAAGCGUGCUCCUGUCGAGAGGCUCGCGGAUCUCCUGACCGGCUACUUUGUUCCAUUUGUGGUAUUGGUGGUAAUCGCAACAUGGAUCAUCUGGCUUUCUCUGGGCGAAUCUGGAGUCCUGCCUUCCAGCUAUCGGGACACCGAUGUCGGAGGCUGGCCUUUUUGGUCGCUUCAGUUUGCUAUCGCUGUAUUCGUGAUCGCUUGUCCUUGUGGUCUCGGACUGGCAGCCCCUACGGCGUUGUUUGUCGGAGGCGGUCUGGCAGCGAAGUUGGGCAUUCUUGUCAAGGGAGGAGGAGAGGCAUUCCAGGAAGCCAGCACAUUGGACUGCAUUGCCUUUGAUAAAACCGGCACUCUGACGGAAGGUGGAGAGCCCAAGGUCACAGAGUUCGAGGUUUCUGCAGACAACAACGACUCUCUCAAUGAGUCGGACGUACUGGGUAUCCUCAAGCGUCUCGAGGAAGACAGCAGUCAUCCGCUUGUCAAGGCUGCCGUCGCCUUUUCUGUGUCGAGAACGUUUGCGAAUUUCGAUGCUGAGGAAGUGGAGGAAAUUGGCGGCAAAGGCAUGCGCGGCCUUGUUGUCGCGGCAUCACAACCCCAGCGUAAGUUCAUGGCGUUGGUCGGCAACGAAGCCUUAAUGUUCGACAACGAUGUCGUUCUGUCCUCUGACAGCCAAGAGAAGCUUGGCUCAUGGAAAAUGCAAGGCAAGUCAGUUAUCCUGGUUGCCACUGCUGUCACUUCCGACGGCGAUGGAGGUUUCUCCCCUUUCUCAUUGUCGGCUAUCGCCGCCACUUCAGACCCACUGCGGCCAGAAUCCAUCCAGGUCGUGAAGUCGUUACGCAAACGAGGAAUAGACGUCUGGAUGAUUUCAGGAGAUAACGCGAAGACCGCCCGGGCAGUCGCCAGCAAAGUUGGGAUCGAGGUGCCUAAUGUCAUCGCUGGCGUCCUUCCAGAACAGAAAGCGGAGAAAAUUCAAUACCUGCAGAGGGCCGGGGCAAAAGAUGAGAAGCGCUCGCACACCGUGGCUGCCAUGGUUGGGGACGGAAUCAACGACUCUCCUGCUCUGACUACGGCAGAUGUUGGCAUAGCCAUUGGCUCCGGCUCUGAAGUGGCCAUCUCGUCAGCGGAUUUCAUCCUCAUCUCAUCAAACCUCAUCUCAUCAAACCUCAUCUCGUUACUUAUUCUUAUCGAUCUUAGUCGAACGGUAUUCAGGAGGAUCAAAUUCAACUUUUUCUGGGCCGCUGUCUACAACAUGUUAGCGCUCCCUAUCGCUGCGGGCGUCCUAUAUCCAAUACAAAGUGGCGGCAGCCACAUCCGGCUGGACCCUGUUUGGGCGGCAUUUGCUAUGGCUUUGAGCAGCAUCAGUGUUGUGACCAGCAGUCUGCUCCUGAGGACGCGACUGCCGGUCUUGGGUUUUCAAGCAGCAAAAGAAACAACACUGUAG